ACUACACAUAUCAAGACCCAUAACCUACGUAGACUGUAGUCAAUUAACAUUCAUAUCGAUAAUCGAUAACUUUCCAGAACAGAUUCCCACUGUGGAGCCAACAAGAGAAGUUAUCAUCACUUGGCCAUAUUGAAGUUUCAUAUUUGCCUCUAGUCGGACAGCUGUCGGAUUUGUGUCAGGACUCCCAGCUUAUUUCUAUUUCCCACGGUCCACCUACAAUCCAUCAUCAGUCUUGUAGGGCGAAAGUGGAGCGAUGAGCGACGCCAUGCGCUCGGUUCCGAAGCGCAUCUCGUGUCCGUUCCAGGACCCGAACUGCACGUGCAUCGUGGAGACGCUCUCCUCCUGGAACGACACGGGGGUCAAUGAGUCCCGGAUGGCGGACCUGCCAUCUGUUACCACCUCUGUGGCCAUGGUGCACGAGGCCCCUCGUCACCCCUUCCCCACUGCGGAUGUACCUGACCACGCCCAUUACACUAUAGGGGCCGUCAUCCUGGCUAUCGGCAUCACCGGCAUGGUGGGCAACUUCCUGGUUAUCUAUGCCUUCAGCAGGAGUAGGUCACUGAGGACUCCAGCCAACAUGUUCAUCAUUAACCUGGCCAUCACUGACUUCAUGAUGUGCCUCACACAGGCACCCAUCUUCUUCACCACCUCCAUGCACAGGAGAUGGAUCUUCGGAGAGAAAGGCUGUGAGCUGUAUGCAUUCUGCGGGGCUCUAUUUGGGAUCUGCUCUAUGAUCACUCUGAUGGUGAUAGCAGUGGACCGCUACUUUGUGAUCACGCGUCCGUUGGCCUCCAUUGGGGUGCUCUCCAAGAAACGAGCACUGCUCGUCCUCAUGGCUGCCUGGGCCUACUCACUGGGGUGGAGCCUGCCCCCUUUCUUCGGCUGGAGUGCCUAUGUUCCAGAGGGUCUGUUGACCUCCUGUACAUGGGACUAUGUGACCUUUACCCCGUCAGUGCGUGCCUACACCAUGCUGCUCUUCAUCUUUGUCUUCUUCAUCCCCCUGAUCGUCAUCAUGUACUGCUACUUCUUCAUCUUCAGAGCCAUACGUACAACAAACAAAGCUGUAACCAAGAUCAACAGCACUGGGAGUACCAGAGACUCCAUUAGGAGUUUCAAUCGGCUGAAGAAUGAGUGGAAGAUGGCUAAGAUCGCUCUUAUUGUCAUCCUCCUCUACGUCAUCUCUUGGUCCCCCUACUCCGCUGUUGCCCUGACCGCAUUUGCAGGGUAUACAGAUUUUCUGACCCCCUACAUGAACUCAGUGCCCGCUGUGAUCGCCAAGGCUUCAGCCAUUCACAACCCCAUCAUCUAUGCCAUCACCCACCCAAAGUACAGGAUGGCCAUAGCCAAGUACAUCCCAUGCCUGGGGUUUUUGCUGUGUGUACGUAGACGCGACCUGCGAUCCACCAACAGCAGCUUCGUGUCCACCCGACGAUCCACUGUCACCAGCCAGACCUCCGACAUCGGCGACCGCUUACACCGCACCAGCACUGUCAAGUCCUGCCUCUCUUCCGCCUCCGACAGCGAAUCGGGCUGGACAGAUACGGAGGCUGACCUCUCCAGUAUGGGCUCCUGGCCGGCUAGCCGCCAGGUGUCCUGUGAUAUCAGUAAGGACACAGCCGAGCUCCCACACUUCAAGCCCUCCAGCUCCAAGUCCAAGAUGAAGAGCCACGACUCUGGCAUCUUUGAGAAGAGCUCUUAUGAUGUUGACAACAUCUCCAUGACAGGCGUGGGCCACAGUGACCAUGGCUUCCCUCCAAGUGCAGGUGAUUCGUCAGAAGGCACCAUAACUAGAGGAAUGAUUGGCCGGAUCCCCAGCAUCAUCAUCACCUCUGAGACCAGCCCCUUCUUACCUGUCCUUAAGGCCAGUUCCCAUGGUUCCAGUACUUGGCCAGCCAGUGGCAGUGUAGAUGUAGGGUCUGUAACUAAGGGGCCACAGGAGAGUUUCCAGCAGAGGAUAACACUUCCCUCUAACAGUGAUGGCUCUACACCACCACUCAUCUGAUCCCAACCACCCAGUUUUUAUGUACAGUACUUGAUUAUUUAUAGUAAAAUGCCAGGGUCUGUACUCAACAUGCAACUUUUCUAAAAGUCAAGUUAACCCCCAUGUGAAUGCUGUAUGUUCUUUAUUAAAACGUUUUUGUUUUGUUGCUUUGUUAAUGUGCUAGCAGACAAAGUACAGAAUUGCAGUUUGGCAUCUACUGUAAGCAAAUGGGAUAGGUUGUGUUGUCUGCUAAACUUUCACCAGGUCAUCUGAGUGAGCUACAAUCAUACAAGAAGCCCAGCCAUUUCAAAUCCCUUUCAAACAUUUCCCCUAGCUCAGGUCCCCUCCUCUUAUAUCUGCAAGAGGAAGAUGGCUGAAACAGAUGAUAUAGAACUGUUGUGUGUAGUAAUGCAUUUGUGACUGAAACAGGCAGCACUGAUCUGAGCUGGAGAUGGCCAUCUGAGUGAUCUACACUAUAUAUACAAAAGUAUGUGGACACCCCUUUAAAUUAAUGGAUUCGUCUAUUUCAGCCACACCCAUUGCUGACAGGCGUAUAAUAUCAAGGACACAGCCAUGCAAUUCGAUAGGCAAACAUUAGCAGUAGAAUGGCCUUACAAACUGCCUCUGGAAGCAACGUCAGAACAAGAACUGUCGGGAGCUUCAUGAAAUGGGUUUCCAUGGCCGAGCAGGAGAACAAAAGCCUAAGAUCACCAUGCUCAAUGCCAAGCGUCGGCUGGAGUGGUGUAAAGCUCGCAACCAUUGGACUCUGGAGCAGUGGAAACACGUUCUUUGGAGUGAUGAAUCACGCUUCACCACCUGGCAGUCCAACGGACGAAUCUGGGUUUGGCGAAUGCCAUGAGAACACUUCCUACCCAAAUGCCUAGGGUCAACUGUAAAGUAUGGUGGAGGAGGAAUAAUGGUCUGGGGCUGUUUUUCAUGGUUCAGGCCCCUUAGUUCCAGAUAAGGGAAAUCUUAAUAAUUCUGCACUUCCAAUUUUGUGGCAACAGUUUGGGGAAGGUCCUUCCUGUUUCAGCAUGACAAUGCCCCUGUGCACAAAGCGAGGUCCUUACAGAAAUGGUUCGUCAAGAUUUGUGUGGAAGAACACUGACCUAAACCCCAUCAAACACCUUUGGGAUGAAUUGGAACGCCGACUGCGAGCCAGGCCUAAAUCGCCCAACAUCAGUGCCCGACCUCACUAAUGCUCUUGUGGCUGAAUGGAAGCAAGUCCCCGCAGCAAUGUUCCAACAUCUGGUGGAAAGCCUUCCCAGAAGAGUGGAGGCUGUUAUAGCAACAAAGGGGGACCAACUACAUACUAAUGCCCAUGAUUUUGGAAUGAGAUGUUCAACGAGCAGGGGUCCACAUACUUUUGGUCAUGCAGAGCAUCUUCGCUGGGAGAAAUAUCAGGCCGUUUAGGAUAUUGACUGAAGUCCUUAUUGUGGAUCCAGGCUGUAGUCAAUUCAGAUUCCGUCACACAGCCGUGGGCCUUGAGAAAGAGAGACUUAAAUGUAAUUGGCCAUUAGAAUGUGUAAGACGCUGAAUUUGAUAGAACCUGCAUUGUAAUACAGUAUUCGGUUGCUGUAUUUAUGCAGUAUAGAUUCAAUCCGUAUUGCAGAAGAUUCACGUUAUGGCGCGAUUGAAAUUUAAAGGCAAUGUUCCCGCGUUCGGCUCAAUUGGAAAUGACCUUUACAUUUGAACCUGGAUCUGGAUCGAAUGCAGCCCUCUUUCGUUCUUUUUUUUAAUCACAGAACGGUUUUAGCUAUUCUAGAUGCAUCCAGUUUACAGAAUAAUAAGUGGUUGGUCCAUAGGCAGUAGCUUAGUUGGUAAACAAAGACACUGUGUAAACAUUGUCUAUGGCAGAUUUGAAUUCCAGCAUCAAAUCAAAUUUUAUUGGUCACAUACACAUGGUUAGCAGAUGUUAUUACGAGUGUAGCGAAAUGCUUAUGCUUCUAGAUUCACCAGAGCAGCAAUACCUAACAGGUAAUAUCUAACAAUUCCACAACCAAACCUAAUACACACAAUCUAGUAAAGGAAUGGGGUGAGAAUAUAUAAAUAUAUGGAUGAGCAGUGACAGAGCGGCUAAGGUGCAAUAGAUAGUGUAGGAUACAGUAUAUACACAUGAGAUGAGUAAUGUGAGAUAUGUAAACAUUCUUAAAGUGGUAUUAUUAAAGUGACUAGUGUUCCAUUUAUUAAAGUGGCCAAUGAUAUCAAGUCUAAGUAGGCAGCCGCCUCUCUGUGCUAGUGAUGGCUGUUUAACAAUCUGAUGGCCUUGAGAUAGAAGCUGUUUUUCAAUCUCUUGGUCCCAGCUUUGAUGCACAUGUACUGACCUCGCCUUCUGGAUGGAAGCGGGUAGUAGGGAUGACCAGGGAUGUUCUCUUGAUAAGUUUGUUGUACCAUUUUCCUUGUCCUGCUAAACAUUCCAAAUGUAACUUUUGGGUGUCAGGGAAAAUGUAUGGAGUAAAAAGUACAUUCUUUUCUUUAGGAAUGGAGUGAAGUAAAAGUUGUCAAAUAAAAAAUGGUAAAGUACAGAUAACAAAAUAGAAUGACUUAAGUAGUACUUUAAAGUAUUUCUACUAAAGUACUUUACACCACUGCUUAAUAUACUGGAAAUAUUUCCACACCAAGAUAACCAUAAGUAUUUAUUUUUAUGUCCCAUGGGGGUCUUUCUGAUUUGUAAUUCACGGGAGAAUCAGUAUCCGACAAUUCAUUGUGGAGCUAAAUGCUCUAAUGGCAUCAGGGUUAAUGAUAACUCCACUCUUGUGAAAUCAUCCAAUAAUGUUAUGAUCUGCAGAAGCUAUGUUUUUUUUAAGUACAUACUGUAUAUUUAAGUAUUUUUUUUAACAGUUCUGAUUCGCUUCUGUAUAUUUGUGUUGUACUGCUUAUAUUUUGUGAUUCAAGCUUUUGGAAGUAACUGUAAAGUGCUUUGUACAGUUCUAUGAGGAGUGUUGUAGAAUGUGAAUUCAAUGUUCCCUGUGUUUGUAUGGGUGGCAAAAAGGAACAUUAUUGUUGAUUGUACCUCAGCUGUUAUAUAGCCUUCCCUAAAUUGGGUCUAUAGUGAGUUUCAAUACAGAGCAUCACUAUAAUAUAUGUGACUAUAAUGAUAUUAUAGGGUAUGAAAGACUGCAUCAUACGCUAUAAUAGGUCUGAAGAUUAGAAACAUUAAAUAUUGAGUAAAGUGCAACAAGUUGUUUUGUUGUCUAAUUUGGAAAGUUAGAAUACAACACAUAAAAUAACCUCACCCCAGUGUUUGCAAUUUAUCUACCUGUAUGAGUAGACCAACUACACUUUUACAAAGCUGUCUCAUUGCAGUACAGGAUGUGUCUCACUGAGCCUUGUCCCUAGGAAGUGGAAAACACACUUCCUGUUGACUGAUACAUCAGAGUAAAUUGACCAUAAAUUUCCCCUUGGCAAUUGCAUUGGCACUCAAUCAUGAAGACUGCCUGUUUGUCAGAUCAUGCUUGGUUAUUAUAUCUUACUGGCAACUCAGUGGGUAGUGUCAUCCAUAUAAUGUUUUGGGAAAGGGAAACUGUGGGCCAAUCGAGAAUCGUCCCCUAAAACCUAAGCACUUGUGGAGAUAUGAGAGGAUUUGUUUUGGUGAAACUUCCACCUAGCCUAUCAGAGGGCAAGGUGGUGCUAUUCCCAGAUUGAUUACUAUGUAUCAAAUCCUCUCGAACUACACAAGUGCAUAGGGCGCAGGGGACAAUUGUGCCCGUGUCACCAUGCCCGUGAUUAUUUAUGAUUGAGACACACAGUGACAUGUAAAUAGUGUUCCCAAUGUCUCAUGGCGAGAGAGAUGAGAGCUCCGCGUCAUUUCAGAUGGACUGAGAUUGAAAGGUUGAUAUAAAAGCAUUCCUAACAAUGAAAGAUAACUUUAUUCCCCGCUCCGCUCUCAGAGGAGAAAGUGUUCCUAAAAUGGAUUCAUUUGCCGAAUGUUUUCAAAAUAAAUGUUAUUCAGUCUUAUCAAAUGCUAAGUUGUAAUCUAUUUUGUUGUUCUGUAGUAUAAUAGUGUUUAAAUUAAAUACAGGUGUUUAAUAAUUGUGUUAAUGCUUAUUUGUAUAAUUGAGAGACAUCCAUCUUACAGAAAAGGACUAUGGUUGGAAAUAUGAAAAAGGAUUUACUGAAAAAGUGUUUAAAGUAUGUCCAAUCAGUGUUGUUAUUUAUUUUUGUAAAUAAAUAUAUAUUAC